AUGAAUUACGUUAAAGGCAAGAUAGCAGAAAAGAUACAUGUUCCAGAAAUAGUCGAAGCAGUUCGUGUUCAAGGCAAUCGACAACUUCGCUCUGCUGAGAGACAUUAUCCUUACCUUCAUCAAACUCUACCCAAACACACAAUGACAGACAAGCAAAAGAAAAAGCUGUUGAAAAAGAUUGAAAGACUGGCCAAAUGGUUGGAUAAUGCUGUACCUCAUUCACCUAUUCCAUUAGGUAUUGAUUCACUUUUGGGUUUUAUUCCUGUGGUAGGUGGCGCAAUGAGUGUCGUUCUCUCCAUGUAUCAAAUAUACUUGUCAACUACUUUUGGUAUACCCUUGUGGUUAUUAAUGCAUAUGUUGUUGAAUAUUUUUGUGGACUUUAUCUUUAGUUUAAUCCCAGUGAUCGGCGGCUUCCUCCAUAUGUUUUAUAAGGCCAACCUGUACAACUAUGAAGAACUAAAUGACUGGGUUAAUAACACUUCAAAGGAGCCACAGCCAGAGGAAAGGGAAAUAACGUGGAGACAGCUUGGAAAUGACAUAUAUAGCAAGGUUCCAGUUGAUAAAAUAGUCGGAACGCUUAAUACGAAAAAACAGGAAUAG